AUGUGGUUUCCAACCAAGCUUGCGAAGAAAGUCACAUACUCCUCCGUAACUGAUGAUGAAGAGAAGGAACAUCUUUCCUCUCGCUUCAGUGACGUGAGUACUGAGAAGGCGGAAAGUGAAGGCUAUGAUAUGUCUUAUCUGAAGACAACACGCCGUUCUCGCUUGCCGUACAUCACGGCCAAUACCGCAGGGAUUGUCACUAUUGUGUUGGUCUAUGGACUUAGUAUCUAUGGCGCCGUGCUCGGGACCUGGGCAAUGCACAGCCAUAAUGAUCAUGGAAGUCCGUACACAAAGCCAAUUGCGUACUGUAGCCCCUGUGAUGGACAAAAUCGACAUUCCUAUGAUCUGGAAGAAGAUUGA